AUGCCUCCAAAAGGUAAAACAGUGCUAAAAGAGGAGGUUACGGGUGAAGCCUUGGACUCCGCGAGUUCGAGUAGUCCGUGGACAGGUCGGACUCGAGGAAAACGGCUUCCCGAAAGCCUUCUUCAUGAGUUGACGGGCCAGAACGAGCCGGAAGAAGAGGAUUACGCCGCUCCAGAGCAAGAGAUUUCGGAAUUUGAUGAACCGUAGGUGAAACUUUCUUUAUUUGUUCAUGUUUUAGUUUUGGAAGAAAGGAGAACCAUUUUAGAAGCAUUUUAUGGUCAUAAUUGGCGUUUUGGACAUUAAUUUAGACUUUCUUUGACAUCAGUUGGAAAAUUUUUGAAAUUUCGAAGUUAUGAUGCAAUCUCUCUGAUCGCUUUGAUUUUGUAGCUGCCCAGCCUCAUAACCCGACUAUUUUCAGCAUCUACAAGUACGAAGUGUGCGCGUACAAGGUGAACGAUGUGGAUGAUCCGAUUUUGUUCUACAAAUCGCCCAAGUACAAUGUGGUAUUUCUGUUCGUCGCAAGGAAGGAUGAGCAUGUUUGUCUUGAUUGUUUGAUCCAUGCCAAAGUCAAGAAGGAAGUGCAGUCGUUAAAAUACGAUAACGGAUACGUGUUUACCGAUCCGGACACGAUGAAACAUUGUUGUUUAGAUCAGAAGUGGGUGGAGGUCCCCAAACGGCAAGUUUUUCAUGUUUUUUCUCUUUCAACGUUUAGGAAAUGAAUUCAGCUGGUUGGAGGACAUAAUUUACCGUCUUUGAAAGCUCAUUUCAAUCUAGAAUUCGUCUUGCUUCUUCCUGAGAAUAAUUUUUUCUUCAAGACCCUUCAAAACUUUGCAAAGUUUGGGAGAUAAACACCUUCUUUUCAGUCCUGAGAAGAUCAGAUUCGGCUCAAUUGACGAGAUAUUCAUCAAAUCAGACGGCCCCGAAAGCGAACAUAUAUUUUUCCUGAAGAAGAUGGAGAAAAAUCACAACACCUUCGGUUGUCUUCGCUGUCAUUUGAAGGCUUUGCAGAAGGAGUUUCAAAAUGGAUCUGCUCGAGUUUUGACUACCGUAAUUGGUGUGUUCUUCGCUGAGGAUCCAAAGAAGUUGAGCCACAUUUGCAACAGCAAGGAUGAAUUGUCGAUCGAAAGAAUCGAGGAGUAGGUGUUGUAAUAUAAAUUUUUGAUGGUAAAACCACACAAAUAUUGUUAUAAAAUUAAAUUUUCUUGUCAGAAUUUAUUUUGAGCUAAAAAAUCGCGUUUUCAGGAUAAAAUUUGCCCCGACCAAAGUCUGCCAAGGUCCCAAACAUCCCACUUACCUGUACCUCUCAAAAACCAAGCCCGAUUACAUUUAUCGCUGGAUUUUCAAGUGCUACAAGGGUGAUCAGAAGAUUUACAAAUGCAUGGAGUGCGAGCUGGUGAAACGGAAGGAAUUCCCGGACGCCGAUAAACAAACUCAAGCCAAGCUGGUCGUACCUUCAUUGGUGUACAAAGAUGGGUGUUUUGAUAUGGAUCCCGAUGCUGUGGAGCAUUGUUGCGUCUAUUAUGAAGAGUCUGACCUCGUCAAGUAUCGGAAAUUGAAGUGAGUUGAUUUUUUGGAGGGUGCAAAAAAAAUUUUUUUUUGAAAAGUUCUGCACUGUGCAGUAAAGAUAAGAUGUGGUUUUUACCUUGGUAAAGUAAAAAAUUUGGGAAAUUUUUGUCAUGACAGUGGUUAGUGGAUGUAAAAAGAGCGGUUUAAAAAAUUUUAAGUUUUUUUGAUGAGCAGAUUUUAAAUUAUCCCGGAAAGUUUUUUCUUUGCACCGUGCAAUCACAAUUUUUUUCAAAAUCUCUCAUUUUCAGCAUGCUCCGGGAUAAAAACUUGUUCCAAUCGGAGCCAUCCGAACCCGAAGACCUCCUGGAAGACUCACUUGACAAUUCCGUGAACCAGUCUCUUGACCAGUCCAAUCUGGACACGUCCAAAUCCCAGCCGCUGAACCCGCGAAUUCUCCGCUACAAAUCUCAACAUUUCCCCAACUUUUUCUUCACUUUUGUGCGCCGCAGCAAGGGCGACAAGUACGGAGCGACCUACAAGUGCGAAGGAUGCAUCAAUCAGCGCUCAAUCUUGGCCCAAUCCGAGCCCAUCACGGUCCUGCCACAGGUGCCUAGUAUAAGGUGGAGAAAUGGGUACUUCCUCAGCGACCCCGACGAACUGGACCACUUCUGUCAAAGAGGACAGAAUACCGAUGAUAUUGAUGUGGAAAUGCUGGAUGCACAGGACUUUGAUGAGUCAGGGUGAGCAGUUAUAUUAUACUUGGUGGGAAUAGGUAACAUUGGUUUGAAGAGGUAUAUCUCGGAGAUGAAUGGAGUGAAGUGGAUAGUUUUUGACAUUGAGAAAGUGGAUUGUAUGAAGAUUAUUUGUGGAUAGGGUCGAAGUUUGGGGUCAAUUUUUACGGUAGUUAUGGAAGAUUUUUUGCUCAGUAUUGUAAUCGAUGGAAAUUGAAAAUUUCUUGGAAAAAAUGGUGAAAAAUAAAUGUGUAAUGGUGUUUAUGAGCUUUUAGAUUCUGUUUUAUAUUCUAAAGAGUCGAAAUUGGUAUUGCAAUCAUAUAAAAAAUUAUUUUUUGAGCGGUUUUUACCGAAAGUUUUGAUGUUCUCUCUAUUUUUUCUAUUUCCAGCCCAUCCCGUCAGCCCCAAAUCCGCUCAACCUUCUUCCCAGCCAUCAUCAAGCCGCAGCCGGCCAGAAAGGCGCUGGUUUAUAUGUACGAGAGUCGAAAAGUUGAGGACGCGAUCUACGAAUUCGUUUAUUUACACGAAAACAAGUGCCAUCAAGUGUUUGCGUGUGUUGGAUGCAGAGACACCAAGCUCUACCACAUGAACGUGGGAGAACCGGGACCAUUCCCCUCCGUCCCCACCAUAAAUGUGAUCCGAAAGAACUUUUUGAGCGACCCGGACGAACUUUCCCAUUACUGCCUGAUCCCAGGUGAAUAUGAGCGCCAGGUUGAGGCGCUAAAGGGUAAAAAAGAGAAAGGAAAGAAGAGAAAAGCACCAGAAGCAGGCACGGAAAAUUUGGAACCAUCCACAAGCGGUGGGCCCAAGGAAGGUAGGGAUUUUUAUAUUGUUUUAGGUAAAGAUUUGAACCAUGAAAAAAAUUCGAUUUUUUUUCGAAUUUGUACAUUUAAACAUGUACCGACCAUACUAAUAGGUAUCACAGUAUUGUGCGACACUAGAUGGCCUAGCAGUUGGCUUUAAAAUUUCAAUUUUUUACAAAACAAGUUUAAAGAAGGGUAAUAUAAAGUUUGGCAACUGGUUCCAAAAUUUGCCAAGCAAUCUGUCUGAUAUUUUGGAAUGAGAAGAGAUAUGAUGAAUGCUUUGUUCGAUUCAAAAAUGAAGUUUAUUGUAAAGGGAUUACGGUAGUUGUGCGGGUUUUUUUUUGAAAUGUCUCUUUCUUUGACAAAAAUUUUUAUUUUUGAUAACAUUUUGAAAUUUUGUGAUGCCUAGAGUAGGAAAAAGGAUGCAUGAGCAUCAAGAAGCUAAAUGAAGAUGUACUAAGGGGUUUCCCACUUAAAAGUUAUGGUAUGUUGUGAUGUUUUAGCAAAAAUUUUUGAAUUUUUGGCCAAAAAGUUGGGUUCCAAAAGAUGGCUGUAAUACAGUAUGACUCAACCUUUUCAUUGGAAUUUUUGACAUUUCGAACUAUUAUUGGAGCUAGUUUAGGUGCGUUGAAUAUCAAGUUUGGGGUUUAUUUGGGAGCGGAGAUGUCGACAAAAAAGUUACAGUGACGGACCUGAUCCAGUGGCAAAAAACGUGCCAUUUUGCAUCCGGGAAGUAUUAAAAAAUAUAGCAAAAUGACUUCCUCUCCAACUAAAAAACCCUGUUUUUAAGGGCGCGUCUCACAAAAAGAGCGGGCGCGCUUUUGAAAACGGGGUUUUUUAGUUGGAGAGGAAGAGGCUUUUUGCUAUAUUUUUGAUACUUUCCGGAUGCAAAAUGCUAUGUUUUUGCCGCUGGAUCAGGUACGUCACUGUAACUUUUUUCUCGAUAUCUCCGCUCCUAAAUACACCCCAAACUUGAUAUUCAACGCACCUAAACUAGCUCCAAUAAUAGUUCGAAAUGUCAUAAAUUCCAAUGAAAAGGUUGAGUCAUACUGUAAUUACAGCCAUCUUUUGGAACCCAACUUUUUGGCCAAAAACUCAAAAAUUUUUGCUGAAAUAUCAUAAAAUACCACAAUUUUGUUUUAGGAAAAAAAAAUCAUUUUCAGCCCCAGAGGAAGAGCGAAAGUUCCCAGCGAUGGAAGGGAUCUCGCUGCACGGCAAACACCCCCUCUACAUGUACCACUCGGUCGCCGAUCCGGGCGUGAUCUGGCAAUUCUCCUUCAAGUCCCUGAACCAAAACGACGUCACCUACAAGUGCACCAAGUGCGACGCGGUGAAACGCGAACUGGUGAAGGAAGACCGCUCCCAGAAGCUGAUCAUCCCGACGAUCCGAAUCCGCGCCGGCCAAUUCCUGUCCGACCCGGACGAACUCGAACACUUCUGCUUGAAGAGGGCCAAGGACACGAAAGAGGAGACUCUGGUCAAGCAGAUUGUCCUGUAAGUUGUUGGAACUGUGUGUUAGAGGGUGUGGGUUGGAUUGGGAAAGAUUUUUUAGCCAGGUUUGGGUAAGGUGGAUUUUUUUUUGAUUUUUUGCACUGCACAGUGCAAAAAACAAAAAAGUGCUAAAAAUUGAUUAUUGAGCUGCGUUACAAUAAAAACACACAAAAAUUUCAUGAAUAGUCGAUUUUUGGACAGAUUUUUUUCAAAAUUGGAGUUUCCCGCCAAUUCGAAAAUUCUUUGGCAUUCUGUUGCAAGUUUUGAAAGUGACGUAUAAUGAAAUUACUAGUGGAAAUAGCUGGUUCGACACAAUUUUUAUACCAAAAAAAGUUUUGCCGUGAUAUUUGACAUAGGUUUUUUUCAAAAUUCAAAUUUCCCGCCAAUUCAAAACUUUUUUGGCGUUCUGUUGCAACCCUUGAAAAUGCAAUUUUUUGCAGGAAGAUCUCAAAAGAACAACGGGUAUGCCCCAAAUCGCUGAACGAAGCCCGCGCCGCCAUCCGCUACGAGCUGCAGCAGGCAUCGGUGAAGGACGAGGACUUCAGCUACGAGCUGGCAUUACGCUACUUUACGGAGCUCAGGCAAAAGUCCCUGGCCCGAAGAUUGAGAAGAAACAUGAUGGACGGAUGUGUGACCGUGAUGGAUCCAUACAACGAGUCCAAUUUCUCAAUGCAUUCUCAAGUCGGCGACUAUUUAAUUGAGGUAGGUGAAGAUAAUAUUUGGUUGAAUUUGAUGAAAAUAUUGGUUUGUUUUGGGGGAAAUGUGUUUUAAGAUUUUUUAGGGGAGAAGAAGGCAGAUUAGAUUGUUAGUUUGAUUUUUGAAAACAAUAAUUAUAUUGUUGUAGGUAAGGGACGGAGAAAAAUUGGGAAUUUUGAUGACGAAAAGGGUUGAUAUCUCAUGGAAUGGCUUAGAAUAUAAUUUAGAGCACCUUUCAAUGUAUGUGAUUGAUUUUUUUAGAGUUUAGAUGUGUUUUUUAUAUUACACUUGAGAUCAAAAAAAAUUUUUUAAUUUUUGCUCAACCUUGAUUAUUAUGAUGGAAAAGCGAUUUUUUAGACUAGUGGAAAAUUUUUUUAGCGUUUAUUAUUGAGACUACAAUAUUUAUUUACAAAAUUAUAUUGCACUUGACGUCAGAUCCGAUUUUUUCGAAAUUGAACGUUAUAGAUGGAGUUGACUGUAAAUAAAUUAUUAUAAAUAAUCUUUGAAUGAUUUCAGAGCUCCACGAAGCCCGACGCCCAAUUCCUGCAGCCGAAAUUGCCGCGCGAAGGCUUGGCCUCGUACGUGCAUCGGAAUGAUGACUUUGAUAAAAGUGGAAGAUACCUCGAAAUCGAAGAUGAUAUGGUCCUGGAACGCUACAUAAACGAAGAAGGACAGCAUGUGGUCGUGGUCAGAGCGGACGAACAGGACGACCGACUCAGAGAAGUCCAGGAAGAAAUCGAUGUUGUGGAGCAGGAAUAUGAGGUAUAAUAUAAAUUUUUGGAUUGUUUGAGAACGGUUUAGAAUUUCUAGAGGCUUUUAAGAGGAUUUGGGAGCUUUCAGAAUAAUUUUUUGGCAAAAAUCCGUCAUCCUGACAUGAUUUUUGGAUGAUAUUACACUUGACCUAGAGGUCAAGUUUUUGGAAUGCUUGAGGACCGUUGAGGAUUUUUAGAGGCUAUUUAGAGGGUUUGGGAGCUUUCUAAAUAAUUUUUUGGAUGAUAUUACACUUGACCUAGAGGUCAAGUUUUUGGAUUGUUUGAGAACGGUUGAGAAUUUCUAAAGGCUAUUAUGAGCAUUUGGGGGCUUUUUGAAUAAUUUUUUGACAAAAAAUCCGUCAUCCUGACGUAUUUUUUGAAUGAUAUUGCACUUGACCUAAAGGUGAUUAUAAAUAUAAACAGGGGUAUAAGGUCAUGCCGAAACUUAGUAUACAGAUGUUUGAGAAUGUGAAAAUCAUUUUUGUUUAUGAUUUUCCUUACGUCGUGUUAUAACAUGUUGAAAAAUCAAUUUUUUUACAAAAACGGGAAAUUUUUAAAGUUUUUGACAUUACACUCAAAAUUGAUGGUGGUUUAAUGAAAAAUUGGAGAUGUAUAUUGCGAAAAGUGUGUUAGUAAUUUUUUACUGAGAAUUUUACAAUUUUUGCAUGAGUUUUUUAAUAAUCUAUAUUAUUUUAGGCCCCCUAUGGCGCAAAUUAUGAGGAAUAUUCCCAGCCAGACGUCAAACCCUCCACGGAAGACCUGAAAUCCCCACCUCAAAGUCCGAAGAAGCGCAAAGUCGCACAAUAA